CGUGGUCGGAGAAUCAUAGCGAGCCCUUACCUUUCCCACAAGCCUUGAACUCUCCACAAUUCAUUCACAGGUCUGUGUUUCAGGGGUUCGUGUUGGGGGCCAAUUGGGUUCGACGUUGGGGACGUCCCUCGGAGUGUGUUGAUGGCUGAUUCGGAGCCGUUUUAUUCAAUUGGCGAUGUCAGUUCUUUUUCUUUUUCUUUUUCUUUCCCUUGCGCUGUGUUGGACCCUCGUGGAAUUAAACCCUAGGAUUGUGGGAUCAUUUCGAGGUGGGUUCUAAAGGAGACUAACUCUUGUUUCUCUCGGUUUUCGAGAUUUUUCGUGAUGGAUAGGUUGCAGAUUCUGCAGGUGCGGAUUUCAUGAAAACUCUGUAGAGCUUUCUAUUGAUUGGGAUUUUGCAGUAAUACUGGCAAACAGUGGAAUUAAUUAGUAAGAGAGAGGCUGAGCUAGUCGUGACGCUUCGGAGGCCUUGAAAUCUGGCCUAUUUUGAUCUGAAUUUUGAGGACCAUCUGUCGGUUGCCGCUUGCAGCUGUGGGGUUGUCGUUUAGUCUCGUAGAGUGGAGAAUUCCGCUGAUCGUACUUGAUCGAAUUUAGUUUCAUCGGGGUAACGGUAUGGGGGCUUGCGUAUCGUGCGGGCAUGAUCCUGGCCUCGAGAAACCUAAACCACCUCAGCAGAGCGCACACCGAUCCAGCAGUGAUUGCAACGGCGAUGUUUCGAAGUUUGGUCCCCGGAAUGCACAGAAACGACCAUUGUUAGCGCCUCAUCCUCUUGCGAAUCCGAAGAACUUGUGCUUCGCUUACAAAAAUCAGAUAGUGUCUACGGUUGUCAGCGAGACCACUGUGCUCGAGGAUCUGAACUUGUUUCUGCUUUCCUCUUUUGGAAUUUCAGACUCCACGUACGUAGUGUCCGGAAUUCUUGUCACAGUCACUGGCCCUCUAAUGCCAUUCUUCAUGUUACCGUACUUGCAUCCCAACAAGUCAGACAAUCCGUAUCCCAUUGUGGUCGCACUUAUCAAGGAUUUUUCAAUUGGCAACUGGGGAUGUGCUCCCGAUGAGCAAGAGCAAAAUGAAGCGACACUGGAAUGGGCGGAAAUUGAAGAAUGUAUGAAAUCAUGUGGGGAGGAUGAUGAGCAGCUGUAUUCGUCUUCAGCCUCAGCGUUGCUGGCAGCUCAAUUCUACGGUCUUCUUCGUCGGUAUGGCCACGUCAAAGGCAGUGCCCGACAGUUUAUUCAGCUGAGGACAACGAAAGGGAAGGUGACGAAAACUGCUAAAGAAGUGCCAAUUUUCGAUGUGGAAUUGGUGGAGGCUUAUCUUGCAUUGCAGAAUCUUGCCUACAAGCUCUUCAAGCUUUUGUGCCAUCCUCAUCUAACGCCAGAGUCGCAUCUCUCCCCUGAAUUAUACUCUUCUCUUCUCGACGCGCCUUGUACAUCAUUAAAUGCUUUCAACGAGUGUCCGUCGGUUCCACAUCAUCAAUUCAUUGGCACCAACGUUUUUCGGAUUUAUCAGUAUUUGCGGGAGGCGCAACCUAAUGGUGUCGAUUCCAAGGAUCGGAGUGAAGGCCCCCAAGUUGAGGAUGCGCAACCUCCCGGACUUCUUGGUGCGGCGACCACCGUUCACUCUGACAUGGGCCUGCUCACAGUGAGCCCUCAAUCGAAUCUGCCUGGACUUACUGUGCUCAAGCACUCAGAUGCAAGCCGAUGGGUGAACGUGGAGAUGAAGCAUGGCUCGACGUGUGCAGAUGGCAGCGACUUGAAGAACUACGUUUUCGUGUUCAUUGGCGAAACUUUAGCGCAGUUGACGAAGGGCUCUCUACUUGCUCCCCUACAUUUUGUUGAUGAGCGCACCCCCACGAAGCCCCGCUUCAGUAUGCCGUUCUUUCUCAGAGCUCGCCAAAAAUGUGUUAUCCCAGCGGUGGAGGGUUUCGGUGAAGAGAUGACAGUAGAAUAUUUCAUGUCGCAAGUGCUGCAGCAACGGAAGCAAGUGUGGGGUCACAAACCUACGACAGAUUUUUGAGCCCUCCAGUGAUAGUUGGGUGAUACUCCACUGUGUGACAAUUAAAGUGAAUCAUAGGAUCCGUCGGCGGAUAUGUUCAUCUAGCAGACAAGUAGGGUUGUGUGUACAAAAUUUACGAAUUGAUCCCAUUUUGUGGGUCUCUAAACAUGGAGGUGUUGAACUUGUUGCUCAUUCCUGCCAUAUUAGUGCUCCGCUGCCUUAAGUGAAGAGAGACUCAUUCGGAGCUGGUUGACCUUGGCUACGUUGGAAAAGAGAACAGCGUCGGAAGCUUUGAUCGCUUGGUUGUACAUCGAAAUUUGACAUAUAUUCUAAAUUUGAAGUGAUCUUGGAGCGGCAAUUAAUUUGCGGACUUCAAGUCUUCGAAUUUGUUAACGCUCUAUGAAUUCCAGCUUAUCGGUAAAA